AUGAUGAUGCAUGGAAUAGGAAAGUCGGCUUGGUGGCAUGUCGUGAGUGGCAACGCGAUGUCCGAGGAAGAUCAUUCAAGUAACCAGAUGAUGAUGCGGCUUGGGCUGAAUGUCAUCAAAAUGGAUCUUGUAGAAAAUGUCCCUGCAGCAACCUUGACAUGCGGCAGAGGAUGUCUGUCUGGCUGUCGUUGCACUGAGUCGUUGCCGGGCGUCUACUCGUUCUUAUUUUUCUUAGGGACCCAAUGUGAUGGGGACGCCCAUGCACUUUUGGAUGAACAAGCAAUACCGGCUCUUGGUAGUCCAAUAAAUAUGAGAAGGCGACAAUCUGGUGUUAUUCCCGAACAGGUUGUCGUUGAGACGACUCCUCGUCGGGCUCCUUGGUUCCUUACUAUGUUGUCUUCUGGUGCUUUCUCCAGGGGCAUGGAGAAACGCAGCUACUCGGGCAGGAUCAGAAAUUUCGCAGUUGAACGACGGUUCAUUAAAGGCGAUUGUGCUCUGGAAUUCGAAGGUUAG